CGAGUUGUGGAUUACGUUUAGUCUUUCCCCAUUGGCUCGAGAAAAAGCGUUGAAAAAAGUGCAAAAUACAACGUAUUUCCAGGCGAAAUAAAGUGCAAAGCAUUAUCAAAUAUUGGCCGCUGCCCAGGCUGAUCAGUUGCAUAUUGAGUUUUAGUGCAAACGUGCCGAAAAUUGCAUUUAAGAAAUUUAGCGCGUACGUUCAGCGUGGCGUGUGUGUGUGCAUGUAUAUGUGUGUGUAAGAUACCUGCCAGUUGAAACCAGUGUGCAAAAAGGGGGCACAGAAAAUCACUCGCUACUUUAAAGCGAAGCGUUCUUGAAAACAUUGCAAAAUACAAAAUACAAGAAAAAAAUAAUUUAUAUUUUGUAAGUAAAAAUAAGUAAUACCAAUUAUCAAAAUGUCGGACGAGACGAGCAUACAAAAAACGGAGGCGGAGGCAGUUGAAGAAAAUGCAGCAGCAGCAACAAUUCAACCGGCGGCGACGGAUGAGAAGAAAACACCCAAACGCACGCCAAAGCGUCGUUCAUUUAUUGAGCGGGCUCAGCAGGAGAGCGAGGAACUGGUUCGCACAAUGGGCGGCAGUCUAGAAUUGGGUGGCGGUCGACGUACGCGUUCCAGUACGCGUGGAACGCCAACGCGUUCAGCAGAAACCGUUACGCCGCCACCAAGCAAAAAGGCGCGCACGUCGCCAGCAACAAUGAAGAGCGGUGGUGGAGGGCGUGGACGUGGAGCACGUAAAUUGGAUGUAGGCGGCGAAGAAGGUGUGGAGCACGAAUCAGCAAAAGCCAACGAGGAGAUGGAGCAGGAGGUGGAAGCGGAAGCAAUUGAAACUGUUAAAGUAAAAAGCCCUGUUAAGAAAGCCAAGAAAGAUGAAAAAUUGGAAAAGCCCAAGGAAAUUGUUGUUGAGGAGUCAAAAAGGAAAGAAGCUAACGAAACCAAGGUAAAUUCGCCACAAAAGAAAACAGCAGCAAAGGAUCAACCAGAUGCGACUGUCCCGUCAGAGGAGCAUCAAAAUAAUGUGGAUCAUAUCAAGGAGAGAAAGGCGUCCGAAUCGAAGGAUAAAACGCCUAAGAAAUUGGCACAAGGCGAGCAAACAGCGAAAGUUGCAACAAGCCCACCGAAAAGUGAAGCAACUGUCACAGCUAUGGAAGUGGAUGAAGAUGCUGCAGUUUCUACAGCUCCAGCAGCUGUUGUUGAGGAGGAGGCGAAGCGGGAACAGUCGCCAGUUGUUGAAAGUAAAUCUGCCACAUCUGCCACGGAAGUUGUCGUUGUGGAAAAUAAAGCAAAGGAGCAACAGGAAAAAGAGCAACUGGAAAAGGAGCAACCACAAAAAGAGCAACAGGAAAAGGAACAUAAAGUGGAGCAAAAAGCAGUGCCAACUCCAACUUCAGCUCCUGCUCCAACUACAGCUUCAGUUACAGCUCCUGUUCCAGCUACAGCUGCAACUGCAGCACCAGCUCCAACCCCAACUUCAUCUUCAGCUCCUCCCCCAGCUCCUGCUCCAGUUCAAUCUGCCAAGCAGCCAAGUCCGGAACCAAUGGAAGUCGAUUCAAGUACAAAGAGCAGCUGCGAUCCCGUAGAAGCAGCGCCAGCAAGCAGCAAUAAGGAGGAGCAGGCGGAGGAGAAAAAAGUCGAGAAGGUGGAGCAGCAGGUUGUGGAGCUCAAAGAGGCUAUGCCCGAAAAGCAGGGAAAUGCAACGGAGAACAAGGAACAAGGUGUGGUUGCAGUCGAAGCACCUCUUAGCAAUGAUAUCAGCAAACCAGUUAUUGCAACAGUUGUAAAUCCAGCUGUGGAAUCCACCGAAACAGAAUCAACUCCGGCAACAGCAGCGGAAACACCAGCAGCAGCAGCAGAAGUAGUUGUUAAGGAGCCGCAGACGGCGAACUGCGAAAACAAGUCCUCUGAGCACAAUGACAACGGUGAACCGAAGAUUGUUAAUAAUGCCACAGAUGAUGGUGAAAAUCAUGCAACGCCGCAGGCCUGCAAUUAAGCAGCAUAUAAGGAUGAUGAUGAUGAUUAUGCAAAUGAUGAUGAUGAAAACCAAUAACUAUAGAUCGAUGACUUCGAUUCGAUACAAAAAUGCCGUAAAAUAUUUUUGGAAUUUCCUAUAAAAAAAAAACAACAAAAAAAUAACUGAAACUGGAUCGCGUCGCAUGUGAAAAUCACAGUUUCAAAUGCUGUUUCUUUUAUUCUCAAAACAAAACAAAAAAAAGGAUUUGUAAUUCACUAGGAAUUAAUUUCUCCAGUCUUUGUUGCUGGAUUUUGAAUGCUGAUGCUGUGUGCGCAAUAUAUUAAUAAUAUAAUAUAAAAUAAUAAUAAUAAUUGUAUCAAAACACAUAGCUCUAAACCCGCCAACAACAAUCCCCCCAAAAAACAAUCACACACACACACACACACAUUGUUAAAAGCAUUAAAUCUAUA